AUGGUGAGCAAGAAGGAGAGAGGUCGAACCCAGAAAAGCGAGAAGAAAAACGAACAGGAGACCAACAAUGAUGGAGUUGCAGGGUAUGAGCAGUUCAGAGACCAAAGAAUCAAGGAGAACAUGGAGAGGAUGGAGAAACUGGGAAUUUUGGAGCUCUCACGCAAGCUCAAGACCUCCAAGUCUCUCCCUCCAAAAAACCCACCCAAGAAGAAGCCCACCUUACCCCCUUCUGAGCCCACAAGACGCUCUUCGAGGUUGACGAAUAGGACUCCGGUUAAUUAUUCGGAAAAACGCACACCCAAGAAGGAGGGGGAGGUAGAGAAAUUGCUGCAGAAUUUGGAUAUACGCAUAAAAGAAGGUUCAAAACCUGAGAUUUAUACAGAAGAGCAUGAAAAUCUUUUGGGUGAUUGCAAGACAACUUGGACUUUGUAUGUGGAUGGAUAUGACGAAGAUGGUCAUCGCAUAUAUGACCCAUUUGAGGGAAAGAGUUGCCAUCAGUGCAGGUAUUGA